CCUGAGAGGGAAAACCCUUUCUAGUGUUCAGUGCUAGAUCAAUGGCCAGGAAUCCAGUUUCCUCCCUCCCAUUUUGACCUGACGGUGGGGUGUUUGCGUGUGCCAGGAGGGGCCCAAGGGCUUUGGUUUAGCCGAAGGGGACUUCUCGAAUCUGUGUUGUUGUCAUCCAUGUGACUUAGGGCAGCUGUAACUCGAUCUGGAAUUUAGGUCCAUGGGAACAGGGAUUCUGUUUUCCUUUCUGAAGACCUUUUUUUUUUUCUGGCCCUGGCUGCUACUGCCUCCAGUUAACGCUACUUCCCUUGUCUCCUUUGGUUCACAGACUGCCUCACUUUACUCCAUUUUCAGGUCCUGAAGUGCGUUUCCUACCUCAGCCACCAGCGUGGCCUAGGCCCGUGGGAGAAGGCAUCCUGUAAACUUUACCAGAGUUUCUCAUUGAAACACACUACUAGUCCCCCGUACCUCAGCACUAUCAUGGAUGUGAUUUAUGCGUGGCUGUUUGUCUUUUCUACUACGUCCCAGGAAGGCAGAGUUCUUGUAAAUUCACUGUUGUCUCCCUCAUUGUUCAGUUGGACCUAUGACAGACAUUUAUUUGUUCAUUCAUUCAUUCAUUUUUGGUUUCUCAAGACAGGGUUUCUCUGAGUAGCCUUAACGGUCCUGGAACUCAUUCUGUAGAGCAGGCUGGCUUCGAACCCAGAGACUAAAGGUGUUGUUCCGCCCCCUUCCCGCACACCCCUCCCAGUAGCCAGACAUCAUGACUCAAGCCCUCACUCCCACACAGACAAGAAGGCUCAAGAGCUGAUAUUCAAAUGUCAGUGCUGCCUUUGCCCAGUCUGGUGUGUCUGUGUCUGAGUCAACAGCAACAGAUCCCACGCUCCCAGUCUCAUGCAGGAUUCCUGGUCUUUAAGCCUGAACUGAUCUCCCGGCUGGAGCAAGGGCAGGAGCCAUGGGUCCUUGAUCUGCAGGGAGCAGAGGGGACAGAGGCACCAAGGAUUUGCCAGACAGACUCCGCUAUUAGAUCUGCUCGCAAGCAGACCUAUGAGUACAUAAGCCUUCUCAAACGGCAGAUUCCUGGCUUUGGAGACAAAUUGGAUUCUAAGGUCUGGUCAGAGAAUUGCCCGAGAAGCCUUGGGCUAAGAGUGAGCAGCUCACUUUUCCAGAAGCACCACUUGAAUAGUGAGACCACAAUGCCCAAGAACUUCACAAAGGAUGCUGUCCAGGAAGGUAAGGAACUGCAGGCCACUGAUCUGGGCUGUCAACCCAAUGGCCAGAGAGAGUGUGUGAAGGGAACAUCAGAAAACUGUGAAGUGUGUGGCCGAGUCUUUAGACCAGCUUUGAACCUGGAUCCAUAUGAAAUGAAUAUACAGGGAAGACCAUACAGAUGUCAUGAGUGCCAGAAAGCAUCAUCUGACUGCACACAGGAGAAAUUCACAAGUAACUGCCAUGGGAAGAAGCCUUAUGGGUGUGAGCAGUGCGGCAAAGUCUUCAGGCUGUGCUCACAACUCAGUCAGCAUCAGAGAAUCCACACGGGAGAGAAACCAUUUAAAUGUGUUGAUUGUGGGAAAGGUUUCCGCCUGAGCUCAAAACUCAUUCAGCAUCAAAGAAUUCAUACUGGAGAGAAGCCUUACAGAUGUGAGGAGUGUGGGAAAACCUUUGGUCAGAGCUCAAGCCUCAUCCAUCAUCAGAGAAUCCACACAGGAGAAAGGCCAUACAGUUGUCAGGAGUGUGGGAAAGCCUUCAGCCAGCAGUCACAGCUCGUCCGGCACCUGAGGACUCACACUGGAGAGAGGCCCUACCCCUGCCAGGAGUGUGGCAAGGCCUUCAGCCAAAGCUCAACUCUAGCCCAGCAUCAGAGGAUGCACACUGGGGAGAAAUCUCAAUUGCCAAGAGCCUCGGAGAGCCCAAGCCUUAUUGCCCGUCAGAGAGCUAACACUGCAGAGAAGCCAUUUAAGUGUGAGGAGUGUGGGAAGGCUUUCAGGUGGGUCUCGCGCCUGAGUCAGCACCAGCUCAUCCACACCGGAGAGAAACCUUACAAGUGCAACAAGUGCACCAAAGCUUUUGGCUGUAGCUCACGGCUGAUUCGCCAUCAGAGAACCCACACCGGAGAAAAGCCGUUUAAAUGCGAUGAAUGUGGGAAGGGCUUCGUCCAGGGCUCGCACCUCAUUCAGCAUCAGCGAAUCCACACCGGAGAGAAGCCUUAUGUGUGUAGUGACUGUGGGAAAGCAUUUAGCCAGAGCUCCAGCCUCAUUUACCACCAGAGGAUCCAUAGGGGAGAGAAGCCAUACGAAUGCCUCCAGUGUGGAAAGGCCUUCAGUAUGAGCACCCAACUCACCAGCCAUCAGAGGAUUCACACUGGGGAGAGACCCUAUAAGUGCAGCGAGUGCGGAAAAGCCUUCAGCCAAAACUCAACCCUUUUCCAACACCAGAUAAUCCACGCUGGGGUAAAGCCCUAUGAGUGUAGUGAAUGUGGGAAGGCCUUCAGCCGGAGCUCCUACCUUAUCGAACACCAGAGGAUACACACUAGAGCCCAGUGGUACUAUGAAUUCGGGAACGCCACCGAAAGUUCCACCCUUCUGAACCAUAAAAAAGUGCACACUGUAAAAAAGUUGCACCAGUGUGAUGAGUGCGAGAAGAUAUUCAGGUGGCGCUCACACCUGAUUAUCCACCAGCGGAUUCACACCGGAGAGAAGCCUUACAAAUGUAAUGCCUGCGGCAAAGCCUUUAACCGGAGCUCCAGGCUUACUCAGCACCAAAAAACUCACACGAGAUAAAUCAUUUACCUAAACGUCCUGGUUACUUCUCAGUGGCUGCGAUGGCACCGUGACCAGGGCAUCUCAUACAAGAGUUUAUGUGGGGUUACGGUUUCUGAGAAUGUUAGUUCCAGAGAGUGUUCAUGGCCAUCUUGGCAGGGAGCAUGGCGGCAGCAGGCAGGCAGGCAGGAUGCUAGAGCAGCAGCUUAGAGCUCAGCCAAUUGCUGAGAGAACAAACCGGAAAGCCCCCAGUCUCACACCUCCUCCCAGGCCACACCUCCUAGUAAUUCAGGAACAGUUGCACCCACUGAGGACCAAGUGUUGAAACAAACGAGCCCAAGGAGGUUGUUCUCAUGCAAACCACCACACUCUAUAAGUAUGUAACUGUGAAUAAGCCAGAAGCCUUAUUUUAUUUGGGUGAUUUAUGCUAACAAACUUGAGGACGCUCAGAUUUGUUCUUAAAGAAUAGUCUACUUAGGAAAUGUUUUAUUUUGUUUCUGUAAUUUACCCACUAAAUAAAAGUGUGUGUCACACAAGGUGUAGCCUGUA